AAGUCCUCUCGGGUCGCGUCCUUUCAUGACACUGAAGCAUUCCACACACAUCGCGCGCAAAACGAGCUUCUUUGUCUCUCAAAUUAGACGACGCGUUCAAAGACGGCACACGACCCGUCUACUAUAACGGGCGCGCGCGUCUCUCCUUGAUUCUAUUCUGGUCAUCGACAAUCAUCUCCAUUGCCCGACCACAUCGACACCACAUAUCGUCUUAUUUAACGCGCCGUUGGGGCGCGUCUUACCAUCAAGCAGAAGCGAUCUAUAUCCCGUGGCGCCCUUCAUUCCCGCAACAACAGACAGCCCGUAACAUGCUUGUGGUAGAGUAAUAGCCUGCGGAAUACCCAUAGCUUCUUUCGUCGCUUCUACGGCAGCUCUUCGAGAGCCAUGCCACCCGACAUGCAGUCCGAAGAGUCUAGUGACGUCGAUAUCAAUUCAACGCCCGAGUCGGCGGUAUCCGCCACACCAGCGACCUCGUCCCCAGAGGCCACGACACCAACGCAAGCUCCCCCGUCCCCAUCUCGCUCUCCAACUCCCUCACCAUCACCUCCUCGGUCCCUUCCCACUUGUCGACCAUCUCCGAGUCGUCCGAGACGAUGCGCACGGCGUAGGGUCUAUCGUGCCGAGGAAGGCUCCCUCUACGACCUCAUGCGACAAAAUGCGGGCGAGUCGCUUUUCGUUCGCCCGCUCUGCUGGACCGAUCUGCACUCCCGCGUUUUGGGGAUCCGGUUCGUCGAAAAACCGGCGGACGACGUCCCUCAUGUCGCCCAAGGAUCCCACAAGGCGUCUCCCCGCGCACAACGGCUCUGCGAAGAACUCACACGCCUCGAAUUCCCCGAGUUUGGGAGGAUGUACGCCACCGACCACAUUCGGGAAGUCAUCGAGACGCUGUACCCUGCUUCGAGGCUCACGUCCGCUCCGCCCAGAGACAUGAUGGACCUCCCGCUCUAUUUUGGCGGUCGCCCCUAUCCCAACGUCUGUCGCGUCCAGCUCGCGUGGAACUGCUUGCCUCUGGACGGCGGCGAGGCAGCAGUCGACUCCUUCCGUACCGUCUCGACCUGCCCGGCCGACCCGGCCCUGUCCGGCAUGACGGGGAGCCAGCCGGCGGCCGCCCAGCGACACCCCACGGUGGCGUACAUGAGCCGGCGGUUCAUCUACGGCUCGCGGUCCGCCAUGUUCCGCAUCGCGCCCGCCCCGGGUGGCUCGAUGAACGUGCCGGUGGAGAGCCUCUGCGCGCUGCGCAUCAACCGGCUGGUCCCGUCCGUCCGAGACGAAGAGGCGAUCUUCGGGGCCGUCUUCCUCGCGAUGGCCCAGGCCCGCUUCUACCCUAACGUGCCGCUUGUCUGGCGCCGAAACCACGCCCUGCGCACCCCGCCGUCGAGCCCGGAGACGGCCCCCGAGUUCCACGACGUCAAGGUGCAUCUCGUCACCAACGACGACGCGGGUGGCCAUUUCACCGUGUAUACCGCGGUAGUGACGGCCGCGUUCCUGCAGAGGUUCCACGAGCCGACCAAAGCACCGCGUCCGCGCGGGGGGGCCGCCGCCGGUGGGGAAGCAGCUACCACGCCGGAGUUGGACCGGGGUAUGCGGAUCGAGUACACCCGCGUGCCCUUCUGGCCGGUCCUCGGGCUGAAGGAGAGGUUGGGGAAGGCGCUGGGCAGAGACCUGGUGGGCGACUUUGACGAGCAGAACAUUGACAUGUUGGGGUCGCGCAAGCGCAAGUGGACGGACAUGUCUUUCCAGCGGGAGAUCCUGGCCCAGCGCGUGAAUGGCGGCGGUUUCGAUGACGAGGGCGAGGAGACGUCGUCGGAUGAACCUGUCUCGGAAGAUCCCAAGGGCGUGGGCGGCAACCCCGCACGACGUCGGCGUCGGGACGCCGUGAACGAGGAAGACGGGGAUACGGAAUCUCCCACGCCGCCCAAGAAGGCACGGCGGGAUGGACCGCGGUAUGACGCGGAAGCGAGCCGGCCGGGCGAGAGGGGAGAGGUGCCGGCUUCCAUACUGGCCUGACGAGAGAGGAUGUCACGAUGGGCUUUAAAACUACGACAAGGAUAUGCUACGAGGGAACGACAACCAGGGGGGAACAAAACAACACGUCAAUGGCGCAAAUAGGUGUUCAAAGGGCGCGGCAUUCACGAGCAUAGACGAUGUGAUGCAAUGCAUCGGACUCGGAACAGUGGCCAACGAAACUUUUGAUGGGCGCGAAUCUCGGUGCCAGGGCAUUGGGAAAGGGGAUGAUUUGGCUUCUUUUGGCAUGACUAGCGACUAGGAGGGAUUCUAUACUUUUACUUGCCGAUUUCUUUAGAUCUGUGUCUUCUUGAAGGCAAUGAUGGAUGGCUACUUGUUAUAACUUGUAGGAAAUCACGACGAUAUGUUGAGUGACCGGAC